GGUUAUGAGGUAUGAUGUGUGCAAGCCGAGGGGCUGGAAAGCACCUUUCUCUUUUUUCCUUCUCUUCUCCUGCUGACGACACGACGGUGACUCUGUGCGUCUGUACAGGAGCCAUCAUCAUCAUCACCACCACCAUCAUCAUCAUCAUGUUUACCUGAACGCGGAUAACGGAGGCUGACAAAUGGCCUAGAAAUAAGCAGAAAUAACACCUGCGGCUCUGCACCGUUUAACGGAACAGGAUCUGCUCGCCGUUUUUUCUAAAGGCUGUGCGCGUCGUGAGGAGCCAGAAAAAAAGCAGCUCCAAAUGUCAACUUGUGCAGUGACAAAUUUCAACAAUGGCUUGGAGGCCAGUUCAGACUCCGAUGAUGAGGACAAGCUACACAUUGUGGAGGAGGACAGCCUGCAGGAGCCAGAGGUUGCCAACGCUGACGGGACCACGGCACUGGACAGCCAUGAUGCCGCCAUGACAGUAUUACCCCACAAUGGCUCCUGGAACGGAGUGAAAGAGGAGUGUGUGUCGGAAGAGGAGGAGGAAGAGGAGACUGUGAAGGAUGCUCUAGUGGAGGAGAUCCUCCAACAGGGAGACACAGCCAUCAUCUAUCCCGAAGCCCCCGAAGACGAGCAGAGUCCAGCAGAGACCGGAGGCGCUGAUGAAAACGGAACGCCAGAUUCCUUCUCCCAGUUGCACACUUGCCCCUACUGCUCCCGGGGCUACAAGCGCAAUGCCUCGUUGAAGGAGCACAUUAAGUAUCGCCACGAGACCAGCGAGGACAACUACAGCUGUUCACACUGCAGCUACACCUUCACCUACCGAUCGCAGCUGGAGAGGCACAUGAGCCACCACCGGGGCACCAGGGAGCAGCGUCACGUUUCUCAGUCGACAGGAGGAUCAGGAGGAACAGGUGGAACACGCAAGUUUAAGUGCACCGAAUGUUCCAAGGCCUUCAAAUACAAACACCACCUGAAGGAGCAUCUACGCAUUCACAGUGGUGAGAAACCAUACGAAUGCUCCAACUGCAAGAAGCGAUUCUCCCACUCAGGCUCCUACAGCUCCCACAUCAGUAGCAAAAAGUGUGUGGGUGUUGCACCUCCUAAUGGUGCUGCUCGAACGUCGAUUAAAUCCCCCCCACCAAUGACACAGUCCAGGCCUGUUGUAAUUGCUCCAGCUCGCAUGAUUCUCAAAGAGAAGACGGAAAGCAAACCUCUGCAGGAGCAGCUGCCUGUUACCCAGAUCAAAUCAGAACCUGUGGAAUACGAAUGCAAACCAGUGAUGGCGGCACCAGCGACGUCAGCUGGUAGUAACGGAGUGGUGAACGGAGGGGCGACACAGCCGGCGGUGGUUCCCACUGCAACCCUUCCUCAGGGUGUAGCUAUGGUCGUGCCAACAGUCGGACUGAUGUCGCCCAUCAGUAUCAAUCUUAAUGACUUGCAAAAUGUGCUGAAGGUGGCAAUGGACGGAAACGUGCUCAGGCAGGUGCUGGGUUCGGCCAACGGGGUGGUGACGCAGGGGAAGCAGGGGAUUGUAGUCCAGCAGCCUCAGCAGCAGAUCAUCAGUCUCCCGGCUUUUGUGGAUCACGACGGAACCACGAAGAUCAUCGUCAACUACAGCAUCAGCCCCGCAGCCGCCACCACUGCCACUACCCAGCCUACUGCGCUAACCGUCAAAAAUAACCCUCCUCCCCUUCCUGCUAUCACGACCUCAGCUUCUGUAGCGACUAUCCCAACCCAAACAGACAAACCCCAAACUCCAGAGGUGACUGACCUCACAGUUGUCAAGGCGGAGCCAGAAUCUGUUUCCAUCACGGACUUGGAGACAGACGCAGCCACACAGACAGAAAAGGCAACUGUUCCAACUUCAGAGUCAGCUCAGAUGCCAAAACCCAACAGCAACAGUACGUGUUUACUAUGUGACGACUGUCCCGACAACCUGGAGGCACUACACCUCCUACAGCAUCGCAAAGCAGCCAACGGUGAGGCCGUCGAUUCGGCCGCUUUGGACCCUUCGUUCGCUGCUCUGCUGAGCGAGGCGGGAGUGACACUGGAGGAGCCGCCUGUGGACGACCUCCUUUCGCUCCUCAAGACCUACUUCGCCUCCAACGCCAACCCCAGCGAGGAGGAGCUGACAAAGAUCUCAGAGUCUGUCAGUAUUCCAGUGGACGUGGUGAGGAAGUGGUUUGUCAAGAUGAAGUCUGGGAAAAAUUUGAGCAAAUGUCACAGUGAAGCUACAGAAAUUUCAAAAAAGACUGAAACCGCAAAUUCCAGCUCAGAGGACACUUUGAAUCAGAAUGAAGACGAAGAUGAAGACGUCAUCCAGGAAGCAUCCAACAAUGCCUCGUCAGAGUCUGGCAGUGCCUCCCCGUCGGACUCCACAUCGCUUAGCUUGAACAAUGGGGACCUCGUCAUCGUUAAAAGCGAGCCCGAAGACCCAGAGGCCAUCGACUCCCAGGCAGAGCCCCUGGACCUUUCUCUCCCUAAACAUAUCGCAGCAGCAUUGGAAAAGAAAACGACGACGCCUCCCGCCAAGCAGCAAGAUCAGCCUCUGAACCUGACCUGCUUGAGGAAGGAGCAGCUGGAUGGUCGAACCAUCUAUGUCACCACGCCUCAGACCGGAAGAUCUGUUAACAUCGUCACUGCCACACAGCUGCCCACCUUGGUGGCCAUUGCUGGUCAGGGCACCAUGGGCUGCCUCAGUGCCAUCAAUACCACAACAAAGCGCACCAUCCUCAUCCCCCAGCUCACCUAUACGUACGCCACUACGGCCAACAGCGCCACUGGAACCAAGACUGUCGUGCUCAACGGCCACAAGCAGGAGAAGCGUUUGGAGAGCAGCUCUGACGGCGUUUCAACAGUUGAGGAGCAGAAUGAUUCGGAUUCGGUCGCGCUGAUGAAGAAGCGGCGGCUGGAGCACGGCGUCUAUCCCUGUGAUCUCUGCUCCAAGGUCUUCCAGAAGGGCAGUUCUCUGCUCAGGCACAAAUAUGAACACACAGGAAAACGGCCCCACGAAUGCAACGUUUGCAAGAAGGCCUUCAAACACAAACAUCACCUGAUCGAACACUCGAGGCUGCACUCCGGGGAGAAACCCUACCAGUGUGACAAGUGCGGGAAACGAUUCUCUCAUUCAGGUUCGUACUCCCAGCACAUGAACCACCGCUACUCCUACUGCAAGAAGGACGGGCCCAACUCAGAGCCCCCUGGCUCCAUCCUGGGGCCACCCAGGGUCCAGAUGGAGCUUGGCAGCCCCGGUGCCGGACCACAGUCUGACAGCCGGACCACAACGCCACCCUCCCAACUGGACUCAGACGAGAGGGAGAGUGAAGAAGAGGAGGACGAUGACGACGAGGCCAUGUGCAUGGACGACAUCCGGGUGGUGCAGGUGGACGACGGCGAGUGCGAGAUAUACGAGGGGAACUUUGAUGACGAUGACGAGGACGGAGAGGAGCUGGUGGAGGAAGAAGUAGAAGAAGAAGAGACUGAAGGAGAGAAGCCUGAGGAGCAGUUUGUUUGUGAUGUCGUUGAAGUCGAGCUGGGGGACGGUCACAUGGAAAUGGACAACGAGACGGAGGAAAGAACCGACGAAAAGGAGGAAUUGGCAAGUGUAGAUGCGGAGGAAAUGGCAGACUGUGAAGCGAAUACGGACAAAAGCAUCAGGGAGGAGUCGAACGGCACCGAACCAACAGAGGAAGAGGUGACAAACGCCAAAUAAAGGAAGGUUUCCUCGGGACAGUUCGAAUGUGUCGGUCGGUGAAGUUAUUUUAGACAAAACCGCAUCUUGCCAUCAGAAGAAAAGUCACGGCAGUUGCCUGAUCUUAUAACGGUCCACUACUGUGUAAAAAAAACCCAGGUGUGCCUGAACUUGGAAAAAGAAAAAGAAAACACAAAAAACAGUGACUUUUUAUUUGUGAAAAAGAAAUAUCAGUGUUUAAAAUUGUUUAUAGAAGUACAGAUUUUAAAGUAGAACUCACCCGUCAACUUGUUAGACUUGUUACUGAGACAUCCCAGGUUGUUUUUCUUUAUUUUCAUUCAGUCAGUGUUACUAAUCUUGUGCUUGUUUGAAAACCUUUUAACCUGUAAAGAUGAAAAAGAUUUCUAUACCUUUUUAUUGCCAAUGAAUUUUCCUAAAUCAGUAUUUUAUUGAGUUCUACGAACAAAAAACCUCUGCACUACAGUAAUCCUGGUUUACCUAUGGAUACAUGCCUCAUGCAUCGUAUGCCCUUCAGUGUUAUAUAUGUACACUAGCUAGCGAGAUGUCGUUUGUGUCAGUGUUAGUCUUUGCUAGCUAGCAUUACUUUUUGUUUUUCAGUUCGACUGUUAGCCUUAAGGAAAACAAAGUAUUCUUGGGGAGGGUUGUGGGUGGGAUGGGGAGUCAGGGGAUGAGAAUGCGGCUUCUGUACGCCAUAACCAAAUUUGUCCUAUCAGGGAAGGUAGAGUCAGAACCUCAAAGCCAGCAUCAGGCGCCUUUGUUUCGUCCGCCUAGCGAGGCCUGAGUGGGCUGAGUUUCCAGGUGAAGUUUCAAAAGCAGACUUCCCUCUCGGCUCCGUUGCAGUUUCGAAACACCGGCGCCUAUUCUUACCAAGCUUCUCCUUCUUUUUUUGGUUGACUUUUUAAGUUCUAAGUCCGUGUUUCAGUAUUAUUAGCUUGUAUUUGAAGUCAUACUGUAUGUGAAGGAUCGGGGCUGUUUCCUGCUCCACCCCAAUGCCUCCAGCCUUAUGCAAGACCUGUGUGCUGUUAAAAGUGCCAUUGAACAGUGUUAUUAUUUCUUCUUCUUCACAUAUGUAGCCAGUAUUAUGUCCCUUUUGUUACUUACACAAGACCCAUGUUUACUAAUGUUUGUUGACUUGCACAGAACAGCAAAUUUGUCACAACUAUAUAAGGAUACUUCCUGUGAAAUUAAUUAAAACAUUUGAGGCCUUUUUUUAAAGUAUUAGGAGCCACAUGAAAGAUGACUAACAGUAUUUGGGCUUAAACUAAUGAACAUAUAAAGUAUCAAAUAACCUGCUGACUGUAUAAUGUGUAUUAAUCAAAUUAUUGUCUGCAAAAGACAGAAAGUAGUGUGUUAUAUUUCAGCAGAGCCUAUUGUUGGGUCAACGCAUGUCUUGUUUUAUCAGCCAAAAACCCACAAAUGUUCCGUUUUCAGUGAUAAAUAACAGAGAAAAGCUGAAAAUCUUUACAUAGGAGAAACUAGAAGCAGAGAGUGUUUUAGCAUUUUUAGCAAGUUUUGCAUAUUUGUGUUCCAGCUACCUAGAUUUAAAUAUUUGCUGUUGAGAAAUACUGUUUAGUUGUGGCUCAACAGCAUCUUCUAACUGUAGUAAAGUUUUGAAGCGACAAAAACUGUGUGAAAACCUUCAGACUCCAGACUGAGCUUUCCUGUGGAUUUAAAAAAUGCCUUGUGACCUUGAGAUAAUCCAUUUUCAGACAAACUCUGUCAUAAAUCUAAAGUUUAUCAAAUGUUUACAUCCCUGAACGUGCAGGGAGCGAUUUAACUCUAGCUUGACGUUGCGCCCCAGCAGGUUGGCUCAGGAAGAAACAAAACAAAAUCCAGAUCAAUUUAAUGUAAAAUAAAAAGUCAGAAAAACUCAAUUUCAGUCACACUUGUGCACUUGUUUUCAGAUAGUAAAAGAAAUUGUGGCAAAUUAAGUCCCGCACUUCAGGUAACAAGCGUUGGUGAAUGUGGUCUCUCUCAGUUGAAGAGUUUUGAGUUGGUUUUACCGAACAGUGUUUAUUAGUAUUAGUCUGUUUUAUUUUUUUUUUUUUGUUUUUAAUGUGUGUCCUCCGUAUUUUUUUGUCAACAAUGGCAGUAUUAGAACCCUUUUCACAGAUAAAAAAAAUAUACCUGUUUAGUUUUUAGAAGACUUUUUUAUAUUUAUGUGUCUUAUUUUUAUAUUUUCUUUUAUGGUUAUUUAUUACACAUUGUAGUGUACAUUACUGUAGUUUGAAUUGAUACAAUAAUAUAUUUUAGUAUGAAAAAUAAUCUCAAGACAAACAAAAAAUCCCAAAAUGUGGUUCUGGGAGAUGGAGUUUGUUUUAACAAAAAAGAAAAAAAAAGAAAAAGUGAUAAAACAUGUAUUCUGUAAACUUGACUUCUGUUUUAAGCUAAAAAAAGAAAAAGAAAAAGAAAAAAGACGGGAAUGAAGUGAGAAAUAGAAACUGUUACAUGUGCAUCCGCUCUUUGCGUCGUUAUAAAGCUACUGAAUUCUAAAACUCUGUGAUUUUUAAAGCAUGAGUCGUCGCCGUUUUAAUGAAGGAUCUUGUUAUGAAGACGUUACUCCUCCCAUUUUAUUUUGAAGCCAAAUUUCACAUCGUCCCGUUACCCAGUUUUCUGUUCUGUGCCAACUUGUUCCAUUGUACUGUUGAAGGUUUGCAUAAUGUUUGUCCCCCAACACGCCCCUUUGUAAAUCCACUGUCUUUUUGUAUUGUUUUUAUUUUAGGUUUGCUCCAUUUUUAUGACUCCCCAUCACAAUAAAAUGUAAGACAGCA